GCUUGGUAAGUUCUAGCGUGUUUACUCGUGCCAUUCGGGUUAUUCGCGUUGAAAGAGAUUUCGAAGGCUGUUCGCACCUACGUGAACUCUCAUAUGCAAUUCUCAAAAUGUGCGUGAUGACAAAAGCAAAAAUAUUUCCUUCCUUCUUUUUCGCAUGCAAAAACCAAACAAAUAUCAGCAACACCGUCAACGCGAAUGAAGCGAAUGAAGCGCUUAGAUAUGAAUCAAGUGGGAAGCGAUCAGAUCACAAAUCUAAAACAACGUAGGUACUUAAUCAUUCUACGGCUCCCUCUUGGUUGGAUCAUUUUACCAAGAUGGGAAUAAAACAGUUUCAAGUCGAGCUGGAUAAUCCUUCGCAUACAUAUUAUGCUGGCCAAACCAUGAAUGGAGUGGUGACACUAGUCUUGGAUACGCCAAAAAAGCUUAGAGGUGUAUCCCUUCAAUUCAAAGGCGCUGCGGAGGUCAACUGGAAUGAGCGCCGCGGUAUUAAAAAAGAUCACCAUAAGACCCACUUUCGGGGUCGGCAAAACUAUAUGAACUAUACAACAUAUAUUGUCGGUUCUAGCGACGGAGAAAAUUUUGCUCUACCAGCAGGAACGCACCUCUAUAACUUUUCCUGUAUUCUUCCAUCCAACCUGGCUACAUCAAUGGAAGCCAAGCGGGGUCACAUUCGUUACACUCUAAAGGUAAUAGUGGACAGGGCCUGGAUGCUGAAUAAAUCCUACAAAAUGGGGUUCACAGUGCUGCAGCCGUUAAAUUUGAACUUUCUUAGCAACGUACGAUUCCCUAUCGAAAUGCAUAUAACAAAAGCAUUUUGUUGUUGGCCUUGUACAACAGGUCCGCUACAUAUUUCCGCGCAGUUACCGAUAUCUGGAUAUGUACCAGGGCAAACAAUCGCUGUAACAAUCGUCGUUGACAAUCAAAGCCGACGGAAACUUAUUAAAAUUAUAUCAAGAUUUGUGCAACAUAUAGCAUACAUUAGCUGUUCACCACAUCGCAAAAUUAAAGAAGAAUCUUUGGAAAUGGCACAGGCUGAUAGUGCAGCAAAUAACAAACCCGGAGAGUCACGUUAUGAGCAUCACUUAUUCAUACCACCUUUACCACCGACUAAUUCAACAUGUGAAGUAUUGCAAGUAACCUACACAGUUGAAGUGAAGGCCACUACCAAUUGCGGAAAGAAUCCCGUUGUUAAGCUCCCAAUUAUUUUGGGUACGAUUCCUCUGUCAAGUUGUGCGGUCCCCAGGCUUAAUGAAACUACGCCACCAGUUGGGCAGCAACCGAAGGCUACCACUUCAAGUGAACUUUCUGAAUUCACUACAAAUCACUCGGAAGAACUGCCUCCUCCCACAUACGAAGAGGCCAUGAACGCCACCCACAUCAACAUUCAGGACGACGGUGAAUCGAAUGAAAUGGGCUGUAAAGAUUUUUCUCCUCGAUACCUGAUUUAUCGGUUUCCUCAAGGUGCCAGUGUACCACCAGUGGAUGACAUGACCAGACAGUGGAAGUCGGCAUAGGGAAAUUUUACUCCACUACAACACCCAGCCCAAGGAUUGGUGACAUCGGUACUUUAAGUAACUUUAUAUACAUGACAUCUCAAAAACACCGGGCGUCUAAUAAAAGAGGUCCAAUAAAAUUUUCUAUCACUGCUAUAGUUUUUUCAAAAUUAAGGGUUCUUCUGGAUUAACAUCCUAAUCCAAGAAAUAUUGGUAUUUGUUUUGUUUUUUUUUCGGAAUAUUUGCUGCUCAAAAACUGUAAAACAAAAAUGAACUGGAAAAAAACCUGUGUUUAAAAAUAAAAAACGCAUUC